GAUCUCCUAUCUUCUUCCUCCAUCCAUGGUUCUGUGUGUUUGGCUUAUCCUGGUGAGUGGUUUAGUUGGGUUUGUGGUAGUGGUUAUAUUGAACCAUUUCUUGCCUUUGUUCUGGAAGCCUGUCCUUGCUCCUAAGGGCACUUUUGGGUGGCCGAUCCUCGGUGAAACACUCGGGUUUUUGACGCCCCACCCUUCCAAUUCUCUUGGCUCUUUUCUUCAAGACCACUGUUCUCGAUAUGGAAAAGUGUUCAAAUCCCACUUGUUCUUCUCUCCAACAGUGGUGUCUUGUGACCCAGAACUCAACUACUUCAUACUCCAAAACGAAGGUAAAUUGUUUCAGUGCAGCUACCCGAAGCCUAUCCAUGGAAUUCUUGGCAAAGUCUCCAUGCUGGUUGCAGUGGGUGAAACCCAUAAGAGGCUAAGAAAUGUGGCUCUUUCCCUUGUCACCAUCACCAAAUCAAACCCUGACUUCCUCCACGACAUUGAGAGAUUUGCCAUCCAGAUUCUCCACUCUUGGAAAGAUAAGCCACAAGUCAUCUUCUGUGAAGAGGCCAGAAAAUUCACAUUCAAUGUAAUAGUAAAGCAAGUGCUAGGUUUAACACCAGAUGAUCCAGAGACCUCAAAAAUUCUUGAAGAUUUUCUUACUUUCAUGAGGGGACUUAUAUCUCUUCCACUCUACAUCCCUGGCACUCCAUAUGCAAGAGCUGUUCAGGCUAGAAGCAGAAUAUCUUCUACUGUCAAAGCAAUUAUAGAGGAAAGAAGAAAGAGUAAUGGUGGAAAAAGUAGUAGCAGUGAUUUUCUGGGGAUACUUCUGGGAGUUGAUACCUUAUCUGAAGAUGAAAAAGUGAGCUUUGUUCUUGAUUCUCUUCUGGGUGGCUAUGAAACUACAUCUCUCUUAAUGGCAAUGCUGGUGCAUUUUCUAGCUCACUCACCCAAUGCAUUACGACAGUUAAAGGUAGAGCAUGAGACUAUCAGAAACAUGAAGCAGAAAGAUGAGUUUUUGAACUGGGAAGACUACAGGAGAAUGGAUUUUACCCAACAUGUCAUCAAUGAAGCUCUCAGAUAUGGGAACGUUGUAAAAUUUGUGCACAGAAAAGCCCUUAAAGAAGUCAAAUUUAGAGAUUAUGUAAUUCCAUGUGGUUGGAAGGUUCUACCUGUUUUUACUGCAGUACAUUUAGACCCAUCUCUCCAUGCAAGUGCUCCCCAAUUCUAUCCUUGGAGAUGGGAGAGCCAAGAUCAAACAUGCAAGAAAUUCACACCCUUUGGUGGAGGCUCUAGGUGCUGUCCAGGUUCUGAACUUGCCAAGGUUGAGGUUGCAUUCUUCCUCCACCACCUUGUACGGAAUUUCAGAUGGAGAACAGAAGAGAAUGAGCAACCGAUAGCAUAUCCAUAUGUGGAAUUCCAAAGAGGGCUCAUGUUAAAUCUGGAGAAAUUCUCUAUUUGAUUUUGGGCCUUUUUGGUUUCGGCUGAGGAGAAAUUCAAAGCUAAGAAGCAGCAAAAAUUAAGUCACCACGCUUUGAUAUAUCCCGAAACGAUCAUAAUAUAUAUAUGUAAUACAGCUCUAUUUUGUAAUCGAUCUU